GGCUGUGUUGAACAGUCGGGAGGACACCACGGGAGAUCACACACACGCAAACGCUCACUUCUUUUUGUGUGUCUGCAGCAACAGCGGGUACCUACAUGCUUCUUUUAUCAGACGAACAGGCAAUUUGAGCUCUGAUGGUUAUUUUUGCUGUGGAGGAGGGAGGUUUUUCAAUUUUCUGCAGACACGGAGAAAAAAAAUAUAUUUUUUUUUACAUACUGGAGGAGUGACGGCAACUUUCCCACUGCUCGGACUUAACAGUAAUCAGAGGGCAAGGCGCGGAGAAAAGAAAGAGAGGGAGAGAGGGAGGAAAACGGGAGAGACAGAGCUGGACUUAACGAUGCAAAGGGAGCAACAUUCAGCAGAGUGUCCACGCACAGAAACACCUCGGAGUGUGGCGUCUGUGUAACAGAGAAGCAAUGUUUGGUGCGGGGAUGCGGUUCCCGCCGUGGUCCCUGCCCGCGGAUGUUGCGGCUCGGUCGGGCUGCGCGUGGAGCCUGUGGGCGACUUUGAUUGGACCGGACACGGACUGGGGCUGACUGAUGUUUGUCCGACGAGAAAGAUGCUACAGGGAGGAGAUCAAUAAGAGUUACCGGUACGCUUGGAGAUGCCAAUAUUAACCGAGGAUGGAGUGGGAAAAAAGCAUGCAUAAGGAAUAUAUCUUGGACUGAAACAGAUUAUAUUUUUUUUCCUCACUUCAUGCAAAAACGGACCUUUACAUUUUUUUUUUUUGGGGUACUCCACUUAAGUUAUUCUUCUUUUAAAUACUAACAUUUAUAUUAUCACAGUAUAUUUCAGUAACAAGGCAAAUAACUUUAUUCUGAAACCUUUUUUCUUUUUAAGGAAAAAAUAUCCACCAAAAUGUGCUUGCUGAUGCCAUGAAACAUGGCUUUUAUGUGGGCAGCAUUUACAGUUUUUUUACUCCAACUCUGCGGAGUGGGGACUGCUCUCUCAGGGGUCUUCAACACCACCGAUAGAGAUGUUUUCACAGAUGACUCUCCACAGGUCACGCUCGAGCGGUGGAAGCUCCACUCUGCUGACUCGCAUCCUAACCUGUAUUUUAACCAGGCAGAUGUCUUGCACUUGAGGCAAAGGUCCUCAACUACACACAGUCACAUUUUUAAAGUCAUCCGGGCAGCUGUGCUUACCAUGCUUUCCAACCUCCCCUCUUAUUUACCCCCUGCAAAACAUGAGGAAUUUACAAGCAAGUGGAAUGAGAUAUAUGGGAACAACUUGCCCCCUCUGGCUCUUUACUGCUUGCUUUGCCCUGAGGACUCAGCUGCCUUGCAGUUUCUUAUAAAGUUUAUGGAUAGGAUGGCCAGUUAUCCCGACUGGAAAGUAACGAGCGCGCCAAAUGAUGAGGUCCCCACUGCACACUCUCUGACUGGGUUUGCCACUGCAUAUGACUUUAUUUACUCUUACUUGGAUGAAAGUAGGAAGGAUGCUUACCUCAAGAAAAUUCGUUCUGAAACAGAGGCACUGUAUGAACUCUCUAAGUACAGAGCAUGGGGAAAACAGUUUCUUCAAAACCAUCAAACCACUAAUAUCUUGGCAAUCCUAACUGGUGCAAUAGUGGUGGGAUCACAUAAUGAUCCAGAGUCAAUGAUCUGGAAACAGGUGGCGGUGAACUACAUGGAGAAAACCAUGUUUCUUCUGAAUCAUAUUGUUGAUGGUUCUCUGGAUGAGGGGGUUGCCUACGGAAGCUACACAGCCAAGUCCAUCACGCAGUACGUCUUUUUAGCUCAGCGCCAUUUUAACAUCGACAACAUGGAGAACAACUGGCUGCGUGGGCACUUCUGGUUUUACUAUGCCACUCUGCUGCCAGGCUUCCAGAGGACAAUUGGCAUAGCAGACUCCAACUACAACUGGUUUUAUGGACCAGAGAGUCAGCUGGCUUUCCUUGACACUUUUGUCAUGAAGAAUGGAACAGGAAAUUGGCUGGCUCAGCAGAUUCGAAAGCACAGACCCAAGGAUGGACCCAUGGGGCAGUCAUCUGCCCAGCGCUGGGCAACACUUCACACAGAAUACAUCUGGUACAACUCACAUCUGACACCUCAACAUCCUCAUGACUUUGGCAAAGCAAAGAUGCACAUUUUCUCCAACUGGGGAGUUGUUACGUAUGGAGGUGGACUUCCUGCUGGCCAGAGUAAUACUUUUGUUUCUUUUAAGUCUGGUCGGCUGGGUGGCCGUGCAGUCUAUGACAUUGUUCAUGAAAAACCGUACUCCUGGGUAGAUGGUUGGAACAGCUUUAACCCAGGCCACGAGCACCCAGACCAGAACUCUUUCACAUUUGCUCCUAAUGGGCAGGUGUUUGUAUCUGAAGCACUUUAUGGUCCCAAAUACAGCUAUCUCAACAAUGUUUUGGUGUUUAGUCCAUCUCCUACAAGCCAGUGUAACAGUCCAUGGGAGGGUCAGUUAGGGGAGUGUGCGAAGUGGCUUCGCUGGACUGAUGAGGGUGUGGGGGACACUAGAGGGGAGGUUAUUGUUGCCUCUGAGCACAAGGAUACUAUAUUUGUGAGUGGGGAAGCCGUAUCAGCAUAUUCCCCAGCCAUGAGAUUAAAAAGUGUUUUCAGAGCUUUGGUUCUACUAAACUCUCAAACAUUGGUGGUGCUGGAUCAUGUUGAGAAGUGGGCUGACUCUCCUGUGAGGUCUUUUAGUGCUUUUUUCCACAACCUAGACAUUGAUUUCAAAUAUGUUCCCUUUAAAUUUAUGAAUAGAUACAAUGGUGCCAUGAUGGAUGUGUGGGAUGCUCACUAUAAAAUGUUUUGGUUUGACAGCGAGGGUCGCAGCCCUGAAACCAAAAUACAAGAGGCUGAGCAGGCAGCAGAGUUUAAAAAGAGGUGGACACAGUAUGUCAAUGUCACCUUUCCAAUGAUUGGCACAGUCAGCAGAGUAGCAUAUGUGUUACAUGGUCCAUAUGUUAAAGUCUCAAACUGUGCAUUUAUAGAUAGCAGCAAAAAUGGUGUUAGGCUAUCUUUAACCAUUAAUAACACAGAGAAGAUUGUUUCUAUUGUUACAAACUAUAGAGACAUUGGAGCAAGGUUGUCUUAUAUAGGGUUUGGUGGUCACUGCAAAGUUGAGGAUAGAUAUCAAAUCAUUAGAUAUGGCCUUGGGACGCAGCACAUCCCUAAACAAAUUAUCAGUGAUAACAAGCUCUUUGACAUUGGAUUUGCAGUCAACGUUGUUGCUGGGGUUGUUCUCUGUGUGGCAAUUGGAUUUUUGACCAUGCAGAGAAAGUUUUAUGUUUGCUUUAGCAGGCUGAUGCGCUAUGCCUUGAUCUCUGUGCUUUUCCUCUGGAUAGUUGAGCUGCUGUUUGUGACUAACAGCUGCGAUCAGCUUCUUUGCGGAGUGAAGUGGAAAUCUGGGGGGACCAGAAGUGAAGUAAGCAAACAAAUCAGAUUGUACGAGCAGCGCAGGCUCCCCCUCCCCAGUGUGCUCAUAACGUCUCUUCCUGGAUCAGGGUCAGAAAUACUCAAGCACCUUUUCUAUAAUAACUCUGACUUUGUUUACCUAAGGGUUCCCACUGAACAUGUGGACAUUCCUGAGACUGAAUUUGAAUUCGACUCGCUGGUGGACACCUGUGAGUGGUCAAGGACAGAUGCUGUGCAUGGGCGGUUUAAGAUCAUUCAGGGCUGGCUGCAUUCCCUUGUGCACAAUACCAAACUGCACUUACAAAAUAUCCAGCUUGCAGAGGGCAGCAGGGUUAAACAGCCCCAGAGAGUGGGCCCCUCAAGGGACAGAAAAAAAAGAUCCAGACGGAGAGAGCCUCCAUCGGAGCUGAAAGGCAGGCUAAGGGCUAGCCUGGACAGGGACACAGAGUACAUCAGGGAGAUGAGAAGACACAUUGCAGAGUACCCCAAUGCUCGGGUGGUCCUCAAUAUGCGUAGUGGUAGCUGGACACUUAAAAUACCCUUCAUUCAGGAAGUGGUUGGUCCCUCCCUGAGGGCAGUUUAUUUGGUCAGAGACCCUAGGGCAUGGAUUUAUCUUAUGGUUUAUAAUAGCAAACCUAGUCUUUACUCACUGAAAAACAUUCCACAGCACCUUUCCUUGAUAUUCAAGGAGGAUUCUGUAAGGGGAGGCUGCCCAGCGAUUGCACCAGAGUUUAAAACAAUCCAGUGGCUGCUGUCCCAUUCAGAGACAAAUCCUGUCCUGAUCCUUGCUCAUCUGUGGUUGGCUCACUCAGAGGCAGCACUUCGAGUUGCUGAGGGCCUUCCUGAGGAUUCCUACCUGCGCGUUAGGUUUGAAGAUGUUGUCAGCUUCCCCCAGGAGACAGCUGAGACAAUACACACAUUCCUGGGAGUGCCUGUGUCUCCCACAGCAUUAAAUCAACUGACAUUCACCACCUCUACAAACUUGUAUAACCUCAUGUAUGAAGGAGACAUCUCACCAGCAAACAUCAACAUAUGGAGGCAAAAAAUGUCUCGAAAGGACAUCAGACUCAUUGAGGAUAUAUGUGGAGGUGUAAUGAAAAAGUUGGGUUAUGCCAGAUUUGGAAGUUAACUGCUGAUCAAUCUGUGUAGAGCUGUCAUGUUUACUGUAGCUGCUGGUCAAAUAUAUCUUCUCUUUUAUUUUUGUUUGCACUGAAAUUUAAGAAAGUGAGUUGCCUCUCUGUCUGUGUCCAAGUGAUUUGCUAACAGUAGGGGUGUAUUUUAGACUUGUGCAGAUUGCGCCAACAGAUGUCUUAGACUGAAGAAUAUUUUUAUGUAUAACAAUAAGCGGAAGAGAUCUUGUGCUUUACUCUUGCAGCUCAUCCUUAUUUGUAGCACUCCUUCAUUAAGAAAGAUUUUUUUUAACAUUUACUCUCUAGCAAAAAGAAUACCAGACGAGUCAAAGGUUAUAUACUGUUAUGUUUGGAAAAGUUAAAUCUGUGUUUCCACUUAAUUGAGAUUUAUUAUUAUUUGUUGAAAUUUUUAUUUCUUUUAGAGGUGAUCAUUGACUGGUUUGAUGGAGAUCUGGUGCUGUGGGGAACUUCUUUUGCAUGUGUUUUGGCGUAUCUA